GAACAAUGGCUGAAUUAGAAGCUACAAUUGCAAAUGCAACUUCAACUUCAACUUCAUCAGCUUCAACAAGAUUGAAAGAAGUGGGAAAAUUAUUUGGCCAAUUUUUCGAGCUAUUGUUUGCAAUCAUCGGGUUUGCGAAAAUGAACACAAGUAAGGGAAAGUCUCAAGCUGAUAUCAAUUCAAUUAUGAUGGCUUUAGUUUUCAUGGUUUCUCUUUACUACCUGGCUUUGGUGCUUGUCACAAUGCUACAUCUUCACAUCAAGAGCUUCCUUCCUUCCAAGAUGAUCAUUCUUUUACUUGGAAGUGUUGUUUCAAUUUUAGCUUUAAUGGUUAUUUCGCCGACAAUUGCAUGGAUUUAUUUGGGUUUUUGGAUCUUUAUCUUUGCUUUGAUGUGCUAUAAGAGUAAAAAUGAACUCUAUCAAUGGAUUCCAGAAAGGAUCAAGAAAGUUUUUGAGGGUAAAACUGAGAGUGGUAUUUCCGAGUUACCUGUAGUUAGGUCGCUUCCUAUAUAAAGAAAUUAAUUUCAGUGUGUUGUAUUUUCAUUUUGUUGUAUGAGUUUCUAUUUUUUGUCAUGCUGUUG